AGUAAAAUCAGUCAUGGCUACGGCUUCCCUGCAGCCAUGCUCAACUUUGACACGAUCAACACGUCUCGCCCUCAACUCAUCAACUGUCAACAGAGCAUCUAAGCGUCAGAUGCUUCAGGCAAUGGCAGUCUAUCCCGGCGUUUAUUCCAAGAGUAAAUUGGUCGGAAAACCAGUCCACAGUGCGGGAAGGUGGUCAAUGUCAUUGGGCAAGGGCAACUACCCUGAAAUUGAACCCAACCAACUUUCUCCGUCACAUAGGAUUGAGCAGUUCUACGCUUGCAUAAACAAUAAGAACAAAAUGGAACUUGGAGACUUCAUCUCAGACGAUUGCUGCUUUGAAGAUUAUUCGUUUUUUAAUCCAUUUCGGGGAAGAAAGGAGGUCAUACAUUUCUUAGAACAGCUGCUGGAAUGCACCGGGAAGAACGUGAAAUUUACAGUCGAAAGCGUAUAUGAGGGAGAUCAAUUCACAGUUGGCGUCAUGUGGCACCUAGAAUGGAAAGAUAAAUUCAUACCUUUUACCAGAGGGAGCAGCUUCUACGAAUGCUCAAAACAAGGACAAAGAUUAGUGAUCAAGAAAGCUCGAGUCAUGAUCGAGUCACCAAUCAAGCCAGGCAUGUUAUCGCUGACUCUGUUGAAGAUGGUCAGAACCCUAUUUGAUGAAUUCCCAAAGGCAGCUGAGGGUUUCCUACAGAAGCCCCAAGCUAUAGUGCAGCUGCUAUUAAAGAUUUACAUCAUAUUUCUGGAGCCUUUUGUCCACCCUAUUUUGCAGUGCUACAUCAACGUCUGGAAAAUUGUAGCUCAACUCCUAAGUAACAUAUUUAACAUUUUGCUCACAGUUUCAAAGAUCAUCUUCAAAUAAGGAACAACAGGAGGUUUAUUUGUGUGGGCAUGAUCACUGCACAUCUCAGUCAUCAUUGCUGCAGGAUACCAUUUCGAGCAAAGAGAGAACAAUGAAGGAGCUGCUCAGAAAAUGUGGGAGUGGAGCUCUGUUGAAGGCGAAAAUGGGCUCAGCUUGUCAUUCAUUGGUCUUGGACCUCCUGGCUACUCCUCCAUCCACGGCAUUAUUGUUUCUAUGCUUCUUUUUCUUUGAUCUGAAGUUGCCAUGAUUCCUCAGUUUUAGACACGAUGUAAUUGUGAUCAUAUAACUAAAUAUAUUUAAAUAAAGAAAGGACGUCCAGUUCCAGGU